UGUCUCUGCUUUCCGUUCCUUUGUUCCUGUCUCUCUCUCUCGCGCCAUUAAAGAGCUUCGUUGAUCUUUAUCAAAGCUUCGAGCUUUUGCUUCUCUCUCGCUUUCUCUUCGUUUCUCUUUGGAGUUUUUGUGGAGGUUUAGCUGUUGUAGCUGAGGAUUAGCAUGGGAGAGGAGGAGACGCAGAAGGUGGAGGCCUCGGCGCCACCAGCGACGGAGGUUGCGAAGGAUGUUGCGGAGGAGAAGGCUGUGAUCCCGCCGCCCUCUCAGGAGAAGCCUGAGCAGCCUGAUGAUUCUAAAGCUCUUGCUGUUGUGGAAAAGGUUGCUGAUCCACCAGCUGAGAAAUCAUCCGGAGGUUCUGCUGACAGAGAUGCUGUUCUUGCUCGAGUGGAAACUGAAAAAAGAAUGUCACUGAUCAAGGCAUGGGAGGACAGUGAAAAGACUAAAGCUGAAAACAAAGCCAUUAAGAAGAUGUCGGCUGUUACUUCAUGGGAGAACUCGAAGAAAGCAGCUCUGGAGGCUGAGCUCAAGAUGAUUGAGGAGAAAUUAGAAAAGAAGAAGGCAGAAUACGCAGAGAAAAUGAAAAACAGGGUGGCAAUGAUUCACAAGGCUGCCGAAGAGAAACGAGCAAUGACUGAGGCUAAACGUGGCGAAGAGAUACUCAAGGCUGAGGAGUUGGCUGCCAAAUACCGAGCAACUGGCCUCGCCCCCACAAAGAUCUUUGGUUGCUUUGGUCCUUGAAAAGAGUUCUCUCCAAGUGUAGUUUGUUUGCUUCCUCAUCUAUAAUAUUUGCUGUUGUUGUUGAUUAUUAUUAUAGCUUGUGAUUUGAUGAGUUUGUUCCGUGUGUAAAGUGUGGUUUUCUUGUACAUAAGGUGCAGUUAAAUCUCUGAACAAAUUUGGUGUUAUAUUUGUAUUCUUUUGUUUUCGGUCCAAACAUUCAUGCAUGAACUUCACUUAUCACUAAACAAUUUAUUUGUUGUCUUGUUCUGUUACUGUAAUCA